GGGAAGGAGGUGGGCGGACGCUGAUUUUAAAUGGUCUUUUUCUUUUUUGGCCUUACUGGGUUUGCCCACUCCUCUGGUAGCUCGUCUAUUGGCCCAAUCCAACAUCAAUCUGCUGAGUAACCAAGUCCCCCCUCAAGUUUGAAACUUUUUUUUUUUUUCUUUUUUACGAAGAGGAGACGGACUCCGAUUACACGAACAGCAGCAAACUUGUAACUGAUCUCACAGCUUGCGAGGGAAGAAAACACUAUUUUAAUAAUUCACAAAUCUGCGCCUGGUGGCUUUACGGUUACAGAACAGCAAAAGGGUAGUGAGAAUUGGACGUUGUUCUUUUUUUUAUAGCAGGCAUCCAACAAAAAUAUGAGAAGCAUGUUGUAAAGCGACAAGGAUGAAGAGCUGAGCGACUCUGUUGAGAUUAAAGCUUGUCAACUCCCGCGUCUGACCGAAGACUCGACCAUGGACUCCUUCAGCACCAAGAACCUGGCCCUCCAGGCACAAAAGAAGCUGAUGAGCAAGAUGGCCACCAAGAGCAUGGCCAACCUCUUCAUAGACGACACCAGCAGCGAAGUGCUGGACGAGCUGUACCGCGUCACCAAGGAGUACACGCGCAACCGCAAAGAGUCCCAGAAGAUCAUCAAAAACCUAAUCAAGAUGGUGGUGAAGCUGGGCGUGCUUUACAGAAACAACCAGUUCAACAGCGAGGAGCUGAUUCUGGUGGAAAACUUCAGGAAGAAAGUCCACACUCUGGCCAUGACCGCCGUCAGCUUCCACCAGAUCGAGUUCACCUUCGACCGCCGCGUCAUGAGCGGCAUCUUGAACGAGUGCCGCGAGCUCCUGCAUCAGGCCAUCCGCCGCCACCUGACCGCCAAGAGCCACUCGCGGGUCAAUCAUGUCUUCAAUCACUUCGCCGACUGCGACUUCCUGGCGGCUCUGUACGGGCCCGCCGAGGUUUACCGGACCCACCUGCAGAGGAUCUGCAACGGGGUCAACAAGAUGCUCGACGAUGGGAACCUCUGACCUCCAGUCGCCAUACUGUUGCCUCAGCGCUUAUUGUUGGAUUUUCUUUUUUUAUUAUUAUUGUAAAGGUGACAAUCAUAAACAUUUGUACUCUACAUGUGUUGGCUUCCAGAUGUUGCUGUACUGACAUUCCCUCAUUAAGUUUGUCCAAAGACUGCUUCUGUGCUUUUUUUUUUUUUUUACAUACAUAUAAAUGAAUGUAAAACUUUACACUUUUGUUAGUAUAUGUGACAACUGUGCCUGUAAACCGCCCCCACAUUAUUUUCUUGUUUUUGCAUUAAAAACUCAUAAACAUUGGCACAGGCCUAACCUCUGCUAGGUGCCGUUAAGGGACAUGCACCUAAAGAGGAACAAAUGACGUAAAGGAAUGAUUGUUUUUGUUUUUCCUUGUAAGGGUAGUGUUGCACUCAUUUCUGAACAAGCGCUGUACCGUGUUCUCAUCUGCCGUUGUGACGCCAUGUGAUGCUCAGCAGCCGGGUAAUCCUGCUUAGCCUGCAUUUUCCCAACCUUUAGAGGAGAAGCCAGGCGUUUGUUUCCAAAGGAAACUGUAAUGGUCUGGUUUCUGGCCAUCACAACAGAUGUAAAAUAUGCGAGUCACAGGAAGAACUGUAAACAAGAAGGAAUGCGUUGGUGCUGCACACUGUUGAUUGUUUAGAUCGUCUCUCUGGAUGCACAAUCAUCUGGUCGGGGAGAAUCCCAGUGAGGCACCAGCUGCAAAGUUUGACCAGCGGGGGAAACCUAGAUGUUGCAACCCUAGUCUGCUGGACAUUCAGAUCCAGCCUCGUCUGAGCUGAAGUGGCUCCUCAUAAGCAGUCAGAUGAAAGACUGGCUGCUUGGAGGACCGGGCCAGGUACAGAAAUUAUCAGAGACGAACACGGCGCCUGAUUGUGCUCUCCCACCGCAAUUACUGCUCCUCGCUCCAGGGUGGUGUAAUGGCCUGGAGCUCGCCUCUGUCAAGCAGCCACUCCAUUCCCCCCUAAUGUGAUGGAGGCAGCCACCUCUGCUAGCGCAGAGCGAGGAGUCCUUUAAUGGACUGCAACAUGUUUCUUCCCCCUUUAAGCAGCAUAUGAAUAGUUACACCUAUCCCUCUCUAAGCUCACAUAAUAAUGGAUGUCUUUCCUUUUUGUCCACCUUGUUUUGUAUCAGCGCCUCUGUCUGGGAGAUUGUUUUGUGCUGCGGCCUCAUUUAGUAUUCCGACUGUGUGUGUGUGUGUGUUUGUACCUGUGAGAGAAUUGGAAAUUGAGCCGUGUAAUGAGUGCUGUGCUUUCCCAGAUAGGACUGCUGAAACUUUAACUUCUUCUGCAGCAGCCCGGCCAAAGAAAACAGCACUGAUGAAACUCCAAAUGCUUCCUUUUCUUAGAGUAACACUCAGUUAAACUGCAUGCACUUGAUUAUUGACAAUAAGGGACACAAAGAACCUGACUGUUGUGAUUUAAGCCUAUUUUAAUGAACCGUUUUUCAACCUUACGUGACUUACUACACACUGUCUCCCACUUUUGACCACAUCAUUUUGGAAGGCUUUGAGGUAAAUCCCUUCUCCCUAAAGAGUUGACUCUAAUUGUCUCUUUAUGGCAUUUUUUAAAAGUCCGUCCACAUCUCAGGGAUAGUUUAAAUCUGCUAGCUUAAAAUAACCACCGCAGGCCGUUUGAGCUGCCUCAUUUAUAUUUACAAAGCUCACGUUUAAUAUUCUUUUCUUGUUUUUUUUUUUCUUUUUACUUCAGUGAAUUUUUGUAUUUGCUGAUUGUUUCGUGUCUCUGUACUGUAUCCUUACGCAACUAAUAUAAUACAGAUUACUUUUUGAAGGAAAAGAAUAAUGUCUCUUUUUAUCUUUAAUCACACACAGCAUCAUCUCAUCAGCGUGUUGGAUGUUCUGCGUUAUUCCUGCCCGGAGCGGGUCUGGCUAAUCUCUGUGUGUGUGUGACCUGAAUUUUGUCAACUAAAUCCCUCACUCUUGCUCGGGAGGGAGGGAGAAUAAAAACACAAACCCAUCCGACUUGAUAAGCAACUCAAGUUGGGGUCACUUUUUUCCGCUUCUCCCAAGCGGACGCCUCGGUCAAAGGUAGGGCAGGAAAUGAGUAAUGCAGAAAGACUUUUUUAGCUUCUGUUUUUGGGCAUUUAAACACUGAGCUCAGCUUCAGUUUGAUUAAAUUCCUCUGUGUGCAUGUACGUCCACUCUUAAUGCGCCGUCUACUCUGCAAGGUUUUAGACUGAAACGAUAAUUUGCCUUGAAACGCGUCCGACGGUCCUCCCUGUAGCACACUUGAAAAUCUGCUGCAGAACUAAGUGGCCAUUUAUCCUCUAAUGUGCUCAUUAACUCAACAUGAGGUUUUUUUUUGUGUGUGUGUGUGCAAGUUCAGAGCACGUUGUGACUGAGGGGCUUAAAAGCCUCUUUAUUUUUUUACACAGUCUUUCCUGCUUUUCUCCUGUGAUGUUAAAUAAAGCAAAAACAUUAAUCUGAAAUAUUUCUUUCUCCUUCUCCCCAGGGGGAAGUUGCGUAAGAGGUGUUCAGCAGGGGUGCUAAGAGUUUUAAUAAUAAUUUACCUUUUUUAUUUUUUAUUAUUGUUUCCUAUCUUGCCAAAGAUGCAAUGGCUUGCAGGAGUGUUUAGUCAUGUCAAACUCAGAAACUCCAUUAUACUUUCAAUAGAGUACGAUGAAAGUACUCCACUGAAAGUGAGUUGGUCUAUCAACGCAACUACUUUGCAGAGUUGACCAAUGCAGAGUAGUGAUAAUAGUUAAUUGAUGCAUAGAGUAAAAAAAUCUGAAACAAGGUGUAUGUUUAUAUUUACCACCUUUGCAUGUCUAACAGUUUUGAACCACUUGAGAGUAAAUUUUUGCCCUUUUCUCUUUGUAAAAUUGCUCAAGAUCCGUCAGAUUGGAUGGAAACUGGCCAUAAACAUAAAUGCUCAUGUCUUACCACAGAUUUUCAAUUUGAUUUAGGUCUGGAUUUGAUUAGGCCAUUCUAACACAAAAUUAUGCCUUCAUCUGAACUAUUAUAGCUCUGACUGUGUUUAUGCCUGUUAUCCUGCUGCAGGGCGAAGUUCUUCUCCAGGCUCUAAUCUUCUGCAGCCUCUAACUGGAUUUUGUUUUCAGCAUUGCUUUGUGUUUAUCUUGGAUGUCCGUGCUGAAGAAAAGCACAUCCACAUUAUGAUCAUGUCAGAACUGUGUUUCACAGUCCAGCCAUUGUUUUAUUUAAUCUAAAGUGUUUGUUUUCUAGCCCACAUAGCAUUUUGCAUUUAGAGAAAAAAAACAGAAAACUUUGGCCUCAUCUGAUUAAAUCACCUUCUUUAACAUGUUAGCUGUAUUGUUUAUAUGGCUUCUGACUUCAUGAGGUUUCUUUCAGGAGUGUUUUUAUUUCUUGCUACUUUCUCAUAGAGAUUCGCAUAGUGCAUGACAAAAAAAAAAAAACCAUGUUCUUCUA